GAGGAGCGGAGUCUGCGGCUGCACAAGCUGCCAGGCGAGGUCCUCGGGGCGGGCCUGGGGAACACGGACAAGGGCGCGGUCAUCUUCAACAUCCAGAAGAACGGGCUCCUGGACGGCUGGAACAGGGCCCAGGAGCUCGAGCCCCUGCGCCCGGGGACCAUCAUCACGGAGGUGAAUGGAGUCACGGGGUACUGGGACAUCCUCGAGGCGCUGCGGAGGCCUGGCGUGCUGGACAUCAAGGUCACCGUCAAGCCCCCGGCGUAUGCGGGGCCCGACUGGUUCCAGGACGACGGACAUCGCAGAGAUUGGCAAGAGGCUCGAGGCCAACAAAAACAAGAGCUCGUUCAUGCUCAGGCUGUCGAGAAAGAGCCAGUUCUCGAGCCUCCCGAGGGCGAGAGCCGCAGACUGCGACGUCGACCAGUGUGCGAUCUGCAUGGACGGCGUCGCCCCCGACGAGCAGCUGGCGCAGCUGCCCUGCGGUCACGCCUUCCAUGCGGGGUCUGGCGGAUGUGCGUGGCGCGGUGGUUGACAGGCAAGUGUCGGUGCUGCCCCCUCUGUUGCCGGAAGGUUGUGUGCUCGCCCAGUGGCGGCAACGUCACUGCCGACGCCGAGGAGCUGGACCGCUGA